AUGGCAGACUUAGCAGAAGCGGUGGUUCGGGGUGACAUAUUGGUAGAUGAGAUUGAUGUUAUUGAAGCAGUCGAGAAAGGGCGACUUAGCGCAAGUGAUGGUGCUCGAUUUAGUGCCAUUUUGGAGGAGUAUUCUAAGUCACACAAAAAACUUUCGGACCCAUGCGGAAAAUUGGAAUCAGCACAAAACACACUUGAAACAACGAGAUGGGAUAAAGUAUUAGUGGAUGAAGUAGAUUUCAUUGAUGCACUUAAAAUUGGACGAGUUAGCAAGGAUGACAGUCACAUAGCAUCUAUUAAUAAAGAAGUCCUUAAAGAUUCAACGGGCGAUACUGAAGAAGCAAAAAUAAGUUUCCAUGACGAGAUCCUAACCGAUGACGAGAAAAUGUCCGAUGCAUCAUCAUCUAUUGAUAUCCUUAUUUAA